AUGUCUGUGUAGAGCUGCAUUGUAGUAGGAUUGGUAAACCUGGGAAGGAAAUAACUAUAAGAUCUGCUAUCUGCGCAGGUGCUACGUAGUUUUUUCUGUUGACAUUAUACAAUCGACCCAAUGUGUCAACUGCACCAGACGGCAUGAGAGGACACAGACUAGGUAUGUUCAGGCAAAAUAAUGCGUAUUUAUUGACAAAAGUUAUUUAAACUUACGUACUUUUAUAAACGGACAUAGUAGAGACAGUCGUCGUUGUAUAAUUUACCAACAUGUUUCGGCAAACGAAGGCGGUGCUCCAGAAACUUCGAUACUUAAGUUUCAAUGGACAGCAGCAUACUUGGAGGCUGAAGAGCACUUCAGCAGAGAGGGCUCUUCAGUAUCAACCAGGACAGAAAAUCCAUGGCUUUACAGUCCAAGAGGUUGUAGCGGUCCCUGACUUGUUUCUCACAGCAGUGAAGCUGAGUCAUGAUAAAACUAGAGCUCAGUACCUACAUGCAGCCAGAGAUGACUCCAACAACCUCUUCAGUGUCCAGUUCAGGACAACCCCCAUGGACAGCACAGGAGUUCCCCACAUCCUGGAGCAUACGGUGCUGUGUGGAUCUGACAAAUAUCCUUGCAGAGACCCUUUCUUCAAGAUGCUCAACAGGUCUCUGUCCACCUUCAUGAACGCCUUCACAGCCAGUGACUACACCAUGUAUCCGUUCUCAACCCAAAAUGGAAAAGACUUCCAGAACCUUCUGUCCGUCUAUCUGGACGCAGUUUUCUUCCCUUGUUUACGGGAGCAGGAUUUCUGGCAGGAGGGCUGGAGGCUCGAGAAUGAAAAUCCCACAGAUCCCAGCUCCCCCCUAGUGUUUAAAGGAGUGGUGUUCAAUGAAAUGAAAGGGGCUUUUUCGGACAAUGAGCGCCUGUACGCCCAGCACCUUCAGAACAAGCUGUAUCCAGACCACACCUACUCUGUGGUGUCAGGAGGAGAACCUCUGGCCAUCCCCGACCUUACCUGGGAGCAACUCAAACAAUUCCACGCCACACACUACCACCCCAGCAAUGCUAGGUUCUUCACUUAUGGAGAUUUGCCUUUGGAGCAGCAUCUGAAGCAGAUUGAAGAGGAAGCUCUGUCCAAGUUUGAACGCAUCAAUCCGAACACAGAGGUCCCCUCCCAGCCACAAUGGAGCAGCCCUAGAGAGGACCAUGUGACCUGCAGCCCUGAUGCUCUGGCACCAGAUCCAGCCAGGCAGAACACGCUGUGUGUGAGCUACCUGCUGGGAGACAUCACUGACACAUUUGAAGGGUUCACUCUCAGUCUGCUGUCCUCUCUGAUGAUCUCUGGACCAAACUCUCCCUUCUACAAAGCUCUCAUCGAACCCAAGUUAGGAACCGACUUCUCCUCUGUCGUAGGAUACGAUGGCAGCACCAAAGAGGCGUCGUUUAGCAUAGGACUGCAGGGAAUGGCCGAGGAGGACACAGAGAGGGUGAAACAAAUCAUCACCCAAACCAUCGAUGAAAUUAUAGAGAAUGGUUUUGAGGAAGAAAGAAUAGAGGCUCUCCUCCAUAAGAUCGAGAUCCAGAUGAAACACCAGUCCACCAACUUCGGCCUGUCUUUGGCUUCGUAUAUAGCAUCAUCGUGGAACCAUGAUGGUGACCCUGUACAGCUGCUGCAGAUCAGUGACAGCGUUGCCAAGUUCAAACAGGCCCUGGUGGAAAACCCUCUCUUCCUUCAGGACAAAGUCAAGCACUACUUUAAGGAGAACACACACAGACUGACCCUGUCUAUGAGCCCAGAUGAGGCCUACCUGGAGAAACAGGCCCAGGCUGAGGAGGAGAAGCUUCAGAAAAAGAUCCAGGCUCUGUCUGACAGUGACAGGAAGGAGAUCUAUGAGAAAGGUCUGGAGCUGCUGGCUGUUCAGAGUGAAACCCAGGAUGCCUCCUGUCUGCCUGCGCUCAAAGUGUCCGACAUCGAGCCGACCAUACCCAUCACUCCUGUUCAAAACGGCACUGCAGGAGGCGUGCCGGUCCAGUACUGUGAGCAGCCCACCAACGGCUUGGUUUACUUCAGAGCCAUGUGUAGUCUCAACACCUUACCAGAGGAUCUCAGGCUUUAUGUCCCACUCUUCUGCAGUGUUAUUACCAGGAUGGGCUCUGGAGGUCUAGACUACAGGCAACAGGCCCAGCAGAUGGAGCUGAGGACAGGGGGUAUGUCUGUCUCCACCCAUGUCAUCCCUGACUCCACCCAGCUGGACAUGUUCGAGCAGGGUGUCCUCCUGUCGUCCUCCUGCCUGGAGAGGAACCUUCCUCACAUGUUCCAGCUGUGGAGCGACAUAUUCAACAGCCCCCACUUUGAUGACGAGGAGCGCCUGAGGGUGCUGGUGAUGUCGUCAGCGCAGGAGUUGGCCAAUGGGAUUUCUUACUCCGGUCACAUGUACGCCAUGACCCGUGCAGGCCGUCACCUGACUCCAGCAGGAGACCUUCAGGAGAGUUUCGGUGGAAUGGAACAGGUGAAGUUCAUGAAGAGAAUAGCUGAGAUGCCAGACCUGAGCCAAGUUAUCAGAACAUUACCCAGGAUCAAAAAGCACCUUCUCAACCCAGACAACAUGAGGUGUGCAGUGAACACAACUCCACAGAAACUGUCUGACACAGCAGCACAGCUGGAGAGUUUUAUCAGGGACGUCUCUGAAAACAGGAAGGAGCGCAAACCUGUCAGACCAAAUAUUACUGAGAGACCACUAGAACCUCUGGAUGAUUCUGGACCGAGCAGGAAACUAAUCUCUGAGCUGAAUUUCCAGCCCUGUCAGAUGAAAACCUUCUUCCAGAUGCCCUUUCCCAUCAACUUUGUCUGCGAGAGUAUACGUACGGUACCGUUCUCCCAUGAGGACUACGCCAGUUUGUGUAUCAUGGCGAGGAUGAUGACGGCUAAAUUUCUCCAUGGAGAGAUCAGAGAGAAAGGCGGAGCCUACGGUGGCGGUGCCAGGAUGGGAGGCGGUCUGUUCUCCUUUUACUCGUACAGGGACCCCAACUCAGUGCAGACACUAUCUGCUUUUCGUAAAGGCGUCGACUGGGCGAAGUCGGGACAGUUCACCCAACAAGACAUCGAUGAAGCCAAACUGUCGGUCUUCUCCGCUGUCGACUCACCUGUGGCUCCAGCAGACAAAGGAAUGGGUCGUUUCCUCAGUGGACUCACAGAUGAGAUGAAGCAGAGUCACAGAGAAAGACUCUUCGCUGUCACUCGUGAAAACCUGGUGGACGUGGCCCAAAGAUACUUGAGUAUCGGCCAGAGGACGUGUGGUGUUGCCAUCCUCGGACCAGAGAAUGAGACAAUAAAGAAAGAUCCCUCAUGGAUUGUAAAAUAAGCAGUAGAUUUUGUAAUUGAAAACUUGGACCUCAGAUGUACCACAGUGGAAAGACUGAAAACCCACAGGUGGCUCUCUUAUUAGGACUUUAUUUUAAAAAAUAAGAUGAAGCGCAAAAUACAAAGAGAUCUGAGAAGAGCUUUAGUCGUAAUCUGAUUCUUCAGAUUAAUAACGUUUUGUUGGCAGGACCGCAACAGCUGGGCCAGCCCUAUAAUUUUGAAUGUGACUGACUGAGUGAUGGUACUGCUACCACUGCUCAGCAGAGUGCCGAGCCACAGUCUGUCGCUCUUGUUUCCUUGCUGCUCAGAAACUGCAUUUACAGUUUUGCUCAUCCUCUCUCUCUCUCACUCUGGCUUUAAUAAAAGGCAAAAGCCUGAAAAAAUAAUUAAAAAAAAAAGGAAAAUUGUCUCUCUCUCCCCUAACUAACAUCACAGUUAUUAAAUCAGGAUUUGACCAGAGUCAAGAAACAUACUAGGAUUUGACCUAGACUUGUUUCUGAAAUAAUAUAUCAUGACCUUAUGUAUGACAUACUAUACUAUGGUAUUUUGAUGACUUGCUAUACUAUGACUGUAGGGACAACAGACAAAAACAAUUGCAACAUCAAGUGUAAAUGAUACAAAUACUGUUCGACUACAAAUUAAAUUUGAAACAUUUAUGAUUAACUAUACCAUGACAUCUUAUAUGACAUACUAUACUAACACUUGUGCCAGAGGACCUUAGGAGAAAAUGUCAAUUUGUUCCAAAGCUCAGGACUAAAACCUUUGGUGCGGCAGCUUUCAGCUUUUAUGGUCAGAGCCAAUGGAACAGUCUCCCACAAGGAUCUGAGAGCAGCAGGAAGUGUUGAUAUUUUCAAACAUGUUCUAUUUUAUUGUUGUAUUUUAUUCUAUUUCAUCUGCUCUUUUAUUAUUUUCUUUCUAAUAUUAUAGCUUGUAUCUCAUUGUCACCUUUCGUACUUGAUUUGUUAAGCUUAAAUCAGUAAUCUUUGAAGCACUUUGAACUGCACUAACCUGUAUUAAAAGUGUUAUACAAAUAAAGGUUGGUUGAUUGAUUUUUUCGUUUUUAUGACGUUAUUCUGCCUUACUGUACUUUGACGUUUUUAUACCAUGACAUGCCCCCACCAUCAUCCAACUUCACUGGCUUCCACUCAAUGCCGCAUUCAUUGUCCCACCCCUAUGCCCUGGUCUGCUCUCCACCCCCUACACCAGCCUGCGAUCUUUCGGUGUCAGAGCUUUCAGUUAUUUAUUGUUACUAUACUACUAUGUUACUAAGACAUUUUUUUGCCUUACUGUACUAUGACGUUCUUAUGUCUUAAUAAACUGUCGUUGUGCCUUACUAUA